UGUUCAGAUCGUAUACUGCGGCAGAAUCAGGAACGAGGAAGAUUCUCCGGUAGUCAGUAAACCAUUUUUCUGUCGUCAAACGGAUCAAGCUUUUUGUGAGACUUGGAUCGGUCACAAAAAGCGGGAUUCGCUUUUCGCAUAGGAAUUGGCCUGUUGGGGAGCCAGUUAAUAUAUAUAGAACGUUUAAAAAUUAUUGCAAAAAUGGAGGAAAUGCAUCAACCACAACAGGUUGGGCCUAAUAUGAUGGCCAAUGUAGGUGGGGUUCCUAAUCACUCAAAUAAUGUUAAUCGGCGUAACAGAGUUCGGUCAUCAUUACACAGUUUGAUGAUAGGAAAACGUCCAAUAAGUGAGGCCGCUCAAUUGGAGAUGAAAUCUUUGUCCAACAAAACACCAGUUUCUAUUCUUCAGGAAUUGCUUUCUCGUAGGGGCACAACACCAAAGUAUGAAUUAAUACAAGUAGAGGGUGCUAUCCAUGAGCCUAUUUUUCGUUAUCGUGUCACUGUUGCUGAUGUUGUUGAUCCAAUUGUUUCAGCAAUGGGGACUGGGAAGUCAAAGAAAGAAGCAAAACAUGCUGCUGCAAGAGCUGUAUUGGAUAAACUAUGUAGACUAAAUAGUGAAACACCAGAUUCUCCACUUCCAAAUAAUCUGCCAGAUUCUGAAAAUAUGCAAGAACUAUCUGGAUAUGGAGAAGAAAAAAUAAUUACAAAUCCAAUUGGAGCAUUACAAGAAAUGUGCAUGUCACGUCAUUGGCCUCCGCCAAAAUAUACAAUAGAAAAUGAGGAGGGCUUGCCACAUGAAAGGCAAUUCACAAUUGUUUGUUCUGUUUUAAAAUAUCGAGAAGUUGGCCAAGGAAAAAGUAAGAAAGUUGCAAAAAGACAUGCAGCUCAUAAAAUGUGGCAAGCUUUACAUUAUUUGACAGAAAACCCUAAUAUAGAUGAAGAUGAGGUUUUACAAAGAAAUGCAAAUGUGAGUGCCCGAUAUGCUGAUUUGAAAGGUAGCAAAAUUUCAACUCUAACAACUAUUCAUAGCCUUAAGGUUUCACAAUUUCAUAAAAGUCUGAAGUCAUCCACUGGUGUUAAACUUUUUGAAUUACAGAAUACAUGUUUGAAUGAUGGGGAUGUAAAUUUGGUACAGUUUUUGCAAGAAAUUGCCUCAGAGCAGCAAUUUGAAGUAACUUAUGUUGAUAUUGAAGAAAGGUCUAUCAGUGGUAAAUGCCAGUGCCUUGUACAGCUGUCUACCUUGCCAGUGGCAGUUUGCUAUGGUUGUGGUGUUACUAGUAAAGAUGCUCAAGCUAGUGCUGCUCAAAACGCUCUGGAAUAUCUUAAAAUCAUGACCAAAAAGUGAGCCAGCGCUUUGCUCCUGCCAGAUGUCACUAUCAAUUGCAAAUCUCAUAAUAAUUUGUUGUCCAAAAAUCAAAAUAACAGUACAGAUUCCAAAAUUUUAUCAAACAAUCAAGUAGAUAAAGGUAAAAAUAGUCAAAAACUUGAUCAUGUGGGGAAUAAAAGUAGGUUGUCAAAACCAUCUGUCAGAGUAGUAAACACUGCAAUGGGGAAUAAAGACGCUACAUUAAGUACAAUCACAACAUCAACUGUUACAGUUUCUUCAAAUAGGAUGAAUUCAUCUAUAAAAAAAAACAAUAGAAAUAAUGAGAAUUUAAAAUCUACCGAACAACUAACGAAGAAUGCGUCAAUCGUGACCACAAAUCAAUCUAAUUCUACGUAUAGUAAUGUAAGAGGUGGUACUGCAGCAUGUGUUGGUAUUAGUGUUUCUCACGAAAGUACAUCUAAGUCUAAGGACUAUUCUGCUAAAAAGUUUCCCAGUGAAAUUGAUUCGAAAAUGAAGAACUAUCAAAUACAAUCUGAGUACAAAGAGUCAUCUGUAAACAAUCAGGAUUAUAAGUCAAGAAAUAACGCAACUAUGAACAAUUUAUCAUCGAGAUUUGUAAAUCAGUCAUCCAUUCAAGGUUUGCACAGGGAAAAUCAUGGAACAUCUUCCAAUACACAUCAAUCUCGGCCAGCGUCACGAAACGAUAAUACCGCAUUUGCCGUGGCUAGGAAAGCUUUAGAACAACAGAAUUCUGCGUCGAAGAUGACACCGAUCAAUUUUCCACCAUUGCGCGCUCCACAGAGUAUUGUGAAUGUUCGCCAUCCUUUUGUUACAGAAGCAAGAACCAAGCAUAAUGAUAUUGGAGGUUCAAAUUCUAAAUCGAAAUUGAAUGUAGCAAGUUCUCUACAAAGUGGGGUGAAAGAUCUUGAUCAUAGCAGGCAAACUUUCCACAGUUAUGGCACAUCACAAAUCGCUGGUAUUCCAAAUGUUCAAAAUUUAAGCAAUGUCACGGCAAAUAUGUCACCUUAUCCUAGACCAGAAAGUUUCCCUCAACCAACCGUUGCAAGUGUGCUAUUUCCUGACACUUCUCAAUUUCCUCAAUCACCUCCAUUCAGUACAACGCAAAUUGGACAACUGAAUCAGUAUCAAACUUAUGAUCCUAGUAGUUUUGCAACUACACCAGUGAAUGUAAACCCAGUAAUUCCUCAGUUCUCUGCAGAAAGUUCUAUUCCAUAUCCGCAGUAUGAUAAUCCUCCUCAAUUCGUGCAACCUAAUCAUUAUCCGACAGCGGAUAUAGCGAACAGUCAGUAUCAAUAUCAGGCGAGCGUGGGACAACUACAAGAGUCACCAAUGUUCAUUCAAAGCUUGCAAAGUCCUAUCGCCGUAACGGAUCAAUAUGCUGCUCCAAAUUAUGCUAGAACAGUUAGAGCAGAAUUGAUACCACGAUUGAGGAGACCGCCAAGAUUUAACAAGUAAAAAUGAUUUUUUUAUACAUAUACAUAUACAUAUUCUCGAAUAAAAGUUUGUAACCGCAAAUAGAGGAAGAAAAACAAACAAACUGAAAUGAUAACGGGAUGAAUUCAUGGAAUCGUAUUAUUAUCUUUCAAUAAAAAUGAAGAACAUUCAUGUGUACCUUGCGUGCAAAAAUAAUCGACAAAUUUGCCAAUCUAUCUGGUUGAGCUAUCGAUAUAUUACAUGGAGGAGAUUUGGUAAAAAUUAUUUCAAUUUUUGAUCCAUUUUGAAAUAAAUUUUAACCAGUCUGUGCGAUCGAUACGCGCAUGGGAGUGAUAACUAGUAUUUUGGCAAAAUUGCACGAGAAACUUAUUACGCAGAGAAGAGAAAAAAAAUCAUUUUAACUUGUUUCCAUCAUUUAAUGUGACAUGGCAGGGCAUAGUAAGUUGAGCUCGACUAUAAUUUUAUGACAUAAUUUAUCUAAUAUCAUUGAAAUUCGAGAGAGAGAAAAAGAGAAAGGGAAAAAAGAAGAAAGGCAGAGAGAAAAGUUGCAACCAAGUUGUUAAAUUGUAUAUAAAUUAUAUAUAACUAACGAUAAGAAUAGUUUCAUUUCUAUAAAUAUAUAUAGUAUUUGCGAAGAUGUGGUUCUGGACAAAUUUGUUUUCGGUCAAUCACAGAAAGCAAAUUUGUUGAUAAAUGGAACAGAAUUCAUAACCAUAUUGCGCAUGAAAAAUCCAUAGAAUAAAAGAAAGAUUUAUGAAAUAAAAAGGAAAAAGUAAAAGAAAAGAAGCAGCUGAAUUAUAAUUGUAAUAACGAUAAGUCCUAGUUUUAAUGAAUGGUAUCCUACAAGCUAUACUUUGCAUAGAAUUAGUGGAAGUUUUCCAAUAUUUGCAUAUUACUUAGCUUACUGCUAUGUUUUUCAUGUGCUUCACUAUUUAUAUAUGGAAUGGUGGUGUAACGAUGUUCAUUGCAAUGCAAUUACAAGAACGAUUCGUUUGUAAGAAGGAAAAAUAAGUGAAAAGUAAUUUGCUUAAUUUGAGCAUCGUAUCUCCACCGAACGUAUGCACAGUGCAAACGUAGCUUUCAGCGAUCCGAAUAUAACGAGGGUGAUCGCGAUAAAGUAACAAUAUAAUCUUUCAGUGGUGUAUGUUUUUCCUUUAGUAUGGUAGCUCAUAAACUCAUAAGCAUCACAUAUUAAUACGCGUAAGAUUAAUCGUUAAGGGAAAUCCUCAUUAAGUACGCAUCUCGUAUUAAACGAAACUAUAUACUCGUGUGUAUUGAAUUUUUAAAUUGCCUAUGUGCGUUAAAGUCACUGGAUAAGACAUUUAUACUAAAUGAAAAAAAGAAUAAUAUUGCAUAUGGAUGUAUAUACCGUCAAGAGGAUACGAUUAUGAAUCAAAAAGAAAAACGAAAGAAGACGAAAAAAAAACGAUACUAAGACUUGAAGAAAGAAAACGAAAUAGAAAAAAAAUUGCAGACGUAUUGCGCAACAAUGCAUUUUUUAACCGUGGGUCAUCAUACAGUUUACGAAUAACAUGGAUUAUGAAAAGAAGUAUUCCUUUCGCAAUGAAUCAAGAGAAUAAAUGCGAGAAAAUGUUCGUUGUAACAUCGAUCGACGGACACUGCGAAUUUUUAUCUUGCGUUUAAUUAUUGCGUAAGGAUUUCUGUGUGCAUACGCAAUUUCGUUCAGCAAUGUUUUUAAUCCUCGUUUAUUUACAACAAAUGAAUGGUAAUGAAUCUUAUUAAUUACCAAUGGAUUAAUAUUGAUGUUAGAUAUUAAAUACAGAUAAAUUUUAUUUAUGUCUUAAAAGUUUAGGAAUGAAAACAAAUUUAUCCAUAUACUAUAUUAUUUUUUUGUAUUUUAUAUCGGAAAGAUUAUGGUCAUCGAUAUUAUUAUAAUAAUUGUUAUUAAUAAUUUACAAAAUAGUAUGCCAUUAAGAUUGAAAAAAUGGAUGUAAAAUGUGAGACGUUCAACAUGAAAAAUUUCAUGUAUGAAAUAGUGUAUGCAUACUGUAUUAAUCAUCGACUCGAUAUAGCGAUGUAAUAACAAGCCGAUGGAUACUCGCGCAUAACUGCGAUACCUUGCCCACGCAUUCGACGUAUAUCGAUAGUACAAAAAGUUCAUUUUCUGUAAAACUAAAUCGCAUCGCGGGCCUCGGUAUUAUGGGAAUGCGUAGAAUUGAGUGGAAGAGAGAGCGAGAGAGUGAAUGAGCGAGCGCGCUGGAGAGAGAGAGAGAGAGAGAACGAGAGCGCGAAAGCGAAAGCGCAAUAAAUAGAAAAAGUGAAUGAAUGAGGAAAAAGAUAAUGUGCCUCGACAUGAGUAUUCGGAGGAGAUAGAGGAAAAUUAACGAAAUUACCCUAAGCUGAUGCCUCAAGUGUCGCGACAUAAUUUUCUGGUCGGAGCAUAUUUCAUACAUUUGGAAAAUAGGCAUUACUUACAUGCAAAGUAUAGAAUGUGUACGCGUAUAAACGGAAGUAAAUUGCUAGGUUGAUACCGCAAUCAGUUAUUUCUAUACAAAAAACGAUAAAAAAAUGAGAGAAAGCUAGAAAAGCGUUGUAAAAUGAUAGAACGCAGCGAUUCGAUUUGUGGAUCGUGAUCGUGAUACUAGUUAAAUUUUUUUCGGACGAAUAGUUGUUUACGAUCAUGAUAUGAAGCGCUUAAUUGUUACUACGGGUAAUGCUAAUUUUUUUUUUUGUAAUUAUUAUAUUUAUUUUCUUAGAGUUUAUAUAUGAAAUUCAAUCGUCUUCUGUUAUUAACUAUUAAAAUUUCUUUUUGUUUUUUUUAUUGUUUUUUUUUUUUGUUUUAUUUUAAACUAUAGAGCGCUGCUUCACAUGUUGAGAGUUCGACUUGGUUUCAUGUGGAAAUUUCACCUGUAAGCAGUUUUCUGUGCCAAUAGAGAUGAAUUCGUUGUGAAUUCUAAAUUCAAAUGGCAAGACGGAUAUAAUACCAAACAAGGUCUUAUUGCUGAAAGUCGUUAUAGAAAAGUUGUUAAAACUCGCCAAUUCGUAAGGGAACAUAUCAAUGUAUGAUGUAAAAUUGGAAGAAAAUGGUCUAUUGAAUAUUUACCAGGAAAAUCGAUUCUUCGAUUUGGCGAAAUGUUUUGUAUGUUUUUGUUUAUUAAAGAAAUUUCGAAUUGACGACGGUACAAUCUUCUUUCAGUCUAAAUCUUUAUUUUUUGAAUAUUUUUCACAUUGUUUUUUCUUUCUUUAUUCUUACUGUAGACUUCACAAAGUCGUAAUUUAUUCUUAUUACUUUCUUUAUGGGAGGUAACGCAUGUAUUACGACAUAGUAUUUUUCACUUAUCAAAAAAAGGCGAUAUAGUAAGAUUCUUCAAAUUUUACAGUGGUAUAUGCACCCUUAAAAUAAAACAAAAAAAAUAUUUCUAAUUGUAAUCGGAACGCCUCGUCGAUUUUUCUCGAUUUUGCUUUAGCUUCUGUAUUGCGAAUACUAAGAGAAUAUCCGAGAGCGUUUAAGAUCGAGUCGAUCCAUCGAUCAAAAAUUGUUAAUCGACACGAUUAAUUUACUUUAAAAAAUUAAUCGAUUCGAUUAACUGCUUCAAAAAAUAAAA